AUGUCAAACCUCCACCCCUUUAGACGGUCUCAACCAGAGCUGCCCACACACCAUCCCAGCCCACUUCGUCAUGGCUCGACGGCAUCGACUAAUUCAUCAAUUUAUUCCUCCUAUUCAAAUUCGCUGUUACCCAGUCGGACAAGUACCUUAUCUUCGAACUCAUCUGGGGGAUUCGUGUCUGAUUCAAAUGCUAGCAGAGGGCUGGUGAGCAAAAUCGGGGAACGAUUUGAACGAGCUUCCACUCCACCAAGUGCUAGUGAGACGUAUGGAAAUCUUCGUCGCUCGUUGCGGCCGCUUCCCCAGGCGCCCAAUGGCUCAUCACCUCCAGCCAGCGUGAGUCGGAAGCGAAGUCAGACAAUGACCAGCCUUCAACUCGAUGACAUGUCUCAAGGGAAACCUGCCAUUUUUGGGGGAUAUGAUGGCGAAGCUGUGAGACUCAAGGAAAAUGUUGAUAGAAUGGGACAAGAAUUAUCGCCAUACAUUCGACAACAACAUUCCCGUACACAAUCCACCCCGCACCCUCCGGUGUUAACAGCCGCAUUUACGGCGCCCGAUCUAAAAACGUUCCAGAGAUCUUCAACUGGGCAUCUGCGGACACUUUCAAGAUUUGCGCAGACAGAAAGUGAAGACUUCGCCUUGGCGUCCGCUGUUCCUUCUGUUGUUGGUUUGCAUGGCCGUCGUCGACUGAAGCGCGAAGACUCCAUUAGAGCCCCAAAGUCAGACACGUCUCCUGAAAAAGUUCGAGCAUCGGCAUGGACAGAAAGUGUUUGGAUGGAUAAACAACGGCAAUUCCUACAGGCCUAUGAAUACCUUUGUCAUAUUGGUGAAGCAAAGGAAUGGAUUGAGGAUGUUAUUCACAAGUCAAUUCCGCCUAUUGUUCAACUAGAGGAAGCUCUCCGGGACGGAGUCACGCUCGCGGAAGUGGUGCAAGCCUUAUAUCCACAUCGUACUUUUCGCAUAUUCAAACACCCCAAGUUACAGUACCGCCAUUCCGACAACAUUGCCAUCUUUUUCCAACUUCUUAAAGAAAUUGAACUUCCAGACUUAUUUUGGUUUGAAUUGAUUGACCUGUAUGAAAAGAAAAACAUCCCCAAAGUCAUACAUUGUAUCCAUGCAUUAUCGUGGCUGCUUUAUAAAAAGGGAAUUGUUGAUUUCCGUAUCGGCAAUUUGGUUGGUCAGCUGGAGUUUGAACAUCAUGAGCUUGAGCAAGUGCAAAAAGGUCUUGACAUGUCAGGAGUUCCCAUGCCUAGCUUCUCUGGUAUGGGGGCGAGCUUUGGUGCUGAACCGGAACCCGAACCCAUCGAGUCAGAAGAGGAUCGCAUCGAUAGAGAACUCCACAUGCACGAAGCGAUUACAUCUGACCUCCAGUCUCAGAUAAGAGGGGCUCUUACACGUUUGAGACUGGGGAAUUUAAUGCAGGAGCUGUGGGAUAACGAAAGUGCAUUGGUCGACCUACAAUCAAGAAUAAGAGGAGAAUGGGCUAGGGAAAUAGUUGGCUACCGGCUGAGCAUGCGACGGUUCGCUGUGAAUUUACAGUCUUAUGCACGCGGAUUCCUGGUUCGGAUGAAAGCUCAAGAUAGCGAACAAUCCUGGAAAGAGAACGAGCCAAACAUCCUGAUGUUGCAAAGUCUGAUCCGCGCAAAUAGGAUUCGUUCGGAUGUUCAACUACUGACGACCAGGGCACGGAGAGAAGAGUCUGGCAUUAAACAUAUUCAAGCAGCCAUCAGAGGAGCCCUAGCGAGAAACAGGGUUUGCGAUCAAUACGAGCAAACUAGAGAUGCCGAAGUCGAAGUCCAAUUUCUGCAGGCUGCUAUUAGGGGCAUGAUAGAACGAAAUCGUGUUGCUCGAGACAUACUAACCUUGGAAGAUGGAAUCCCCAUGAUAAUAGCGCUAGAAUCUGCCAUCAGAGGCAGGCAAGAGCGAAAUAGAGUUGCUCAAGUUAUACUAACCCUGGAAGAAAGAGCUCCCGUUAUAACGGCACUACAAUCGGCGGUUAGAGGCUUUAUUGUGAGAAAGAUAUAUGAUUCCCAGAAGCUAUCUCUAGCAAAUAUGAGUGCUAAAUGGAUUUCUCUACAAUCCUUUUCUCGAGGAGCAGCCGUCAGAGGAGACGUCAAAUCACUUCGAACUCGGCUGAACGCCCAAAUCCCCUCAAUUGUUGAAGCUCAAAGUGCUCUUCGUGCCGCCUCUCUGCGCUCUUCCGUCAAUGCAACUAUAAGCGCUCUCCGAGACAAUGAAAGCGAUAUACUUACACUUCAGUCCUUUACCAGAGGAUUUGUAUUACGGAAACGUCAAACGGCAGACCGAAAUACCCUCAUGCAGCAAACCUCCAUCAUUACAAACCUGCAAGCCCUUUCAAGAGCCGCCAUACUGAGAAUCGACAUUGGUUUUUUGCUCUGCGAGCUCGAAACAUCAAGUGAUAAGAUUACUCGACUUCAGGCCCUUGCUCGUGCGAUGCUGGUUAGGGUCGACGUUGGCCAGGUCUUGGAGGAAUUGGAUGCGGAGGAAGUGGUAAUAAUCGACUUCCAAUCUGCUAUUAGAGGACUCCUUGUGCGGCAGCGCUUUGCUGAGAGGCAAAAGUACUACCGUGAAAAUAUGCAAAAAGUUAUUAAGGUCCAAAGUUUUGUCCGAGCAAAGAUUCAAGGAGAGGCUUACAAGAGCCUGACUAGCGGGGAAAAUCCCCCGGUUGGAACUAUUAAGGGUUUCGUACAUCUCCUCAACGACAGCGAUUUUGAUUUCGAUGAAGAAAUUGAAUUUGAACGCCUGCGGAAAAUGGUGGUGCAGCAUGUGCGGCAGAAUGAAUUGGCGGACCAAUAUAUUACGCAACUAGAUAUCAAAAUCGCUCUUCUUGUAAAAAGCAAGAUCACUCUCGACGAGGUAGUGAAGCAUCAGAAGCAUUUUGGGGGUCAUGUUGGUGCACUUCUACCAAACAGAGACCUAUCUUCCAAGGAUCCGUUUGACCUCAAGGCACUGAAUAAAACAUCUCGACGGAAAUUAGAGCAGUACCAAGAUAUUUUUUUCGUUCUUCAGACGCAGCCGCAAUACCUUGCCAGACUUUUCAGGCGAAUACGGGAACAGGCAACUCCCGAAAAGGAAUGCGAGCGAAUCAAGCAUCUGGUUAUGGGUUUAUUCGGCUACUCCCAGAAGAGGCGUGAGGAAUACUACCUAGUAAAACUCCUUGUCAAAUCUGCACAUGAAGAAAUAGAUCACUCUCCUUCCAUCCAAGAUUAUAUACGGUGUAACGCUUUCUGGAACAAACUGUUCGCUGCUUAUACAAAGUCGCCCAAGGAUCGGAAGUUCAUGCGAGAUAUUCUGGGGCAGCUGGUCAGGGAGCAUAUUAUCGAGAAUACCGACCUUGACCUGGAGAGUGACCCGAUGCAGAUCUACCGCUCUGCCAUUAGCAAUGAGGAGCUCCGCACUGGCCGAAAGAGCCAACGUCGAAUAGACGUACCCAGAGAAGAGGCAAUUCGGGAUCCUGAAACAAGAGAGACUUUUAUUCGACAUUUGCAGGAUCUCCGUGAUAUUGCGGACCAAUUUUUCAGCGCUAUCGAGGAAUUCCUGCCUCGAAUGCCCUUUGGGGUGAGAUUUAUUGCCCAGCAAAUUUACGAACAUCUAUUGUCUAAGUUUGGGAACGAGGAUCAUGGAUAUGUCCUACAGAUUGCGGGACAAUGGAUUUGGAGAAAUUAUCUUUAUCCAGCGCUGAUGGAGCCCGAAAAAUAUGGUAUUAUAGACCGGGGCCUAACUCAAGAACAGAAGCGGAAUCUAGGAGAAAUCGCCAAGGUAAUAGCGCAGGUAGCCUCGGGUCGUCUCUUUGGUAACGAAAACGUGUAUCUUCAGCCACUCAAUAGUUGGAUUGGAGAUGCAAUUCAGCGAUUGGGAGCGAUAUGGGGAAAUUUGGUUACUGUUGAAGAUGCGGAGUCGCACUUUGAUCUCGACUCUUUCAACGACCUCUACGCCAAAACGAAACCAACUCUCUAUAUCAAAAUGUCGGACAUUUUCUCGAUUCAUAAACUUCUCGCCGCGGAGAUCUCCAGCAUUUGUACCGACCCGGAUGAUAAGAUUAGAGAGGCAAUCCGUGAUCUGGGAAGUGUCAAGAGCAAUGAAAACGAACUCAUGAGUGUGAGCUCGUCAGAAAUUUGUUUGACAUUAACGCCCAAACUACAUAAUGUUGAAGACCCCGAUGCUGAAAUCAAGUCACUAUUUAUGGAAACAAAACGAUGUAUUCUUUAUAUCAUACGAGUCCAAUCCGCGGCCAAUCUAAUGGAAAUCAUGGUUAAACCGCCUACCGAAGAAGACAUGGAGCACUGGAAUGCGAUUGUCCGGGAUGAGUUGUCAUCUAGUAGUCGUAAACGUGGGGCGUACUCAGACGCGAACGCCCUGAUCGACAUAGGAUCUAUGAGUUAUCCCGAUCUAAAGAGUACAGCAUUGGAGAACAUUCUUCUCUUAGAGAAAGCAGGGCGUAUAACUCGGGAGAAUCACUAUCAGGACCUUCUCAACGCUAUCGCGGUCGAUAUUCGGACAAAGCAUCGCCGGAGAGUCGAGCGUCAACGAGAAUUGGAAAGUGUCCGCCUGACGCUUGAGCGACUCAACGACCAAGCGGUAUACUUGGAGCAGCAGUUGAAGACUUACAAUGACUACAUCGAACAAGCCAUGAUAACACUUCAGAACAAGAAAGGGAAGAAACGCUUCCUGAUGCCAUUUACCAAGCAGUGGGAUCAUGAACGUGAGCUGCAGCGGUCCGGCCGUGCCUUCAAGUUCGGCUCGUUUAAAUAUUCAGCCCGAAAUCUUUCUGAAAAGGGCGUCCUUUUAUAUUGGAAGGGAUACAACGAGCGACAGUGGGAUCGGGUCGAUCUCACGAUUUCCAGCAAUGAAGUUGGCGUUUUCACAAUUGAUGGGAGUAGCGGCAACAUGAUGAUUUCCGGAGCAAACGCACAAAUUCCGCUUGAUGACCUGCUCCAGGCGCAGUUCAACAAUACGCAGUUCAUGGACUUUUUUGAGGGACAAUUGCGAGUGAAUGUCAACCUGUUCUUGCAUCUGAUUAUGAGGAAAUUCUAUAACGAUUAA